UAAAAAACAUAGUGUCGUAUACUGGGGUCAAAGGUCAAACAUUUGAGUCACAUGGUUUUCACCAGGAAACACUGAAGUGGUAUCAAUCCCGAGGCUUCCUUUGUCUUGGCCGUGGAGCAGGAACAAGAUGUUAAAAAGCCAGGUGGAACAUGUGGUUGCGAAGGUUCAGGACUGUCAAAGUGGAAUCUCUUUGGAGUUCUUCCUUCAUUUUUCACUCGCACCAGCACUGUUGAUUGUGGGGGUGCUCUCGUUCCUCCAGAAGAGAGCCCAGAGACUGGCUAUCGACCACAGAUUGCCAGCCUUCCUGGGGGGACGGUUCGGUAUCGUGGUGCCUUUGGAUAGUAUUGGCAGCCUCAGUAAUCGUUGGUCCUACGGGUUUGCAUUUGGCGCCGUGUCCUCCAGCGUCCUGAUGCUCUUCUCCGAUAGCUACAUCCCCUUCACCGUGCUGCCCUGGGCCAGAGCUAUCGUGUAUCUGGUUGGAGCGCUAGAGGUGGGUCUGGUCUAUUUCCCCUUCUUUGCCUGUCUGUCCACACCGUUCAGAGCGACCGGGGCAGUGCUGGGAAUACUCUACUCUCUGUCCUGGAUCAUCGUUACAGUCUGGGAUACGUUCACCUGUCCUCAUGGUAAGAUUCUUGGUAAAUACCAGAAGUUGAUUAUCCAGUGGCCCUGCAUCCUCUCCCUCAUCUUCCUCUUGGGACGAUUUGUCUAUAUCCUGGUGAAAGCUGCUCGGAUACAUCUGCAAGAGGAAGAGGAGGAUCCUGAAGAGCUGAUAGAGCAACAUCAGGUGCAACACGUCAAGAGACUGCUGAGAAAACCGCCUGCAAACAGUGUACCACGCAGCUGGCUCCAGAGGAACGUGUAUGAAUGGGACCCUUACUUCAAGUUUCCCAACAGGAUCAUCGGCACCGUCAUCAUCUCGCUAAUCGGCCUUUACACGAUGACCCUGGCAGACUACAGCCUCAGUAAUGUGGCUUUUGACGAAGGAGAGAAGUGGAAGGAUACAUUGGCGAAGCUGGUUAGCUCCUGUAACCAGACUAAAGGUCUGGAGGCCGUGAUACCACAGCUGGAAGAAUUCAUCAACGUGGCUAGAAAGUCCUGGCUAGCUACCACCAUAUUUGCUAGUCUCAACUCUGUAGCCUACUGCUUCCAUGUCUUGGCAUGUUACAGAAAACACUUGAAGAGGCUGUGGAAAGGGCAGAAGGGUUUUCUUCCUGAGAAGUUUCACAACCCUCGCUCUGCUGUCAGCGUAGCUUCCAUUGCAAGAUACUCUGGUUGGCAAAUAGCGUUUACAUUGUGGGGCUACCUGAUUGUCCACUUUGUCCACUUCCUGUUUGCUCUGGUGUUGGUCUAUGUGCUGGUUCUGCCAAUAAAGCAUGGAAAUGCAAUGAGCAUGUUCUCCAAACUGGGGAUAAUAGUUCUGACCAUUAGUCUGGUCAUCGGCCUGGUGAUUCUCCAGAUCUCACUGGUUCAGAUCUUCUUCCUUCAGGACAAACUGUCCCCUACUGAUAAACACAAACCUCUGGCUCUCAACAACAGGAAGGCGUUCCACUGCUUCAACUACUUCUUCUUUUUCUACAACGUGGUGAUGGGGAUCAGCAACUGCAUAUUGAGGUUGCUGUGCAGCAUUGUGGUGGGAACGUGGCUGGUGUCCCGCAUAGACCGGAGCAUUAUGCAGAGAGGAUAUGAAACCAUGGAUGCCGGCUACAGUACUUGGAUUGGGAUGAUCUUUGCUGAUCACUAUCAUAGCAAUCCAGUCAUGGUGUGUUUCUGCCAGCUGCUGGUCUCCAACUCGCUGGAGAAACACACUCCAUCUGCAUACUCCACCUUCAGCAACGUGGCCUCUGAAUCCCCUGUGAACAGCCCGGCUAAGAGGCGGUGGAUGUUGUUUUAUACCUUACUGAGGAACCCUCACCUGAUCCUGCUCAGGAAGCACCACCUCUCUGCAUCUUCGUCAUUACAUGCAUCAUCAUCUGCCAUGCCAGACACAGUGGUGCAGGCUCGAAUCAUGGCAUUCAAAACACAGGGCCGCCGAGCAGAGUCACAGUCACCACCAGAGAUCACAGUCACACCAGAGAUCAUCGUGACACCAGAGAUCAUCGUGACACCAGCACAAGACUGUUGAAGAAAUAUUUCAAUGGAUUGUAAUAAUAUUAAGUUUUAAAAAAUAUAUAUAUAUAUAUACACUACCGUUCAAAAGUUUGGGGUCAUCCAGACAAUUUUGUGUCUUCCAUGAUAACUCACUUUUAUUUUUAAAAUGAAUUGAAAAUUGAAUAGAAAAUAUAGUCAAGACAUUGACAAGGUUAGAAAUAAUGAUUAAUAUUUGAAGUAUUAAUUUUGUUCUUCAAACUUCAAGCUCAAAGGAAGGCCAGUUGCAUAGCUUAUAUCACCAGCAUAACUGUUUUCAGCUGUGCUAACAUAAUUGCACAAGGGUUUUCUAAUCAGACAUUAGUCUUCUAAGGCGAUUAGCAAACACAAUGUACCAUUAGAACACUGGAGUGAUAGUUGAUGGAAAUGGGCCUCUAUACACCUAUGGAGAUAUUUCAUUAGAAACCAGAUGUUUCCACCUAGAAUAGUCAUUUACCACAUUUACAAUGUAUAGUGUGUAUUUUUGAUUAAUGUUAUCUUUAUUGAUAAAACAGUGCUUUUCUUUGAAAAAUAAAGACAUUUCUAAGUGACUCCAAACUUUUGAACGGUAGUGUGUAUAUAUAUAUAUAUAUUGGUAUAUUGGUUGGAAUGCAAGAUUGUUUCUGUGUGUUCUUGUGCCUUUAGUGGUCCUCCGUGUAAAGGAGUAUUGUGGUUUAACUUUAAGAAACAUUGACCUUUCAACUCAGAUUAGCACUUCAGUGACACUUGACUGGCACUUACUUAUAGUAUUCUUGUUAUUCUGAGUUUGUACUCAUGGUUGAAUGCACUUAUUGUAAAUUGCUUUGGAUAAAAGUGUCAGCUGAAUGACAUGUAAUAAUAUUCUACAAGUGGCUGUGAUGCACUAAAGCUGGGCAUUUUUCUGUCUAACAAUUUUGAUUUCAUUAAAAGCAUGUGAGCUGCACCUCA